GAACUGGAGGCACGUGACUAGCCCCCGGCCAUUUAGCCUAAAAGAGCAGGGCCCAGGGUUCCUGACCUCCAGGCCAGUCCUUCCUCCCGAACUAAUGCCACCUUGUAACGAUGAAAAUUGGUGCCGUUACCUCUUCGGGUGCUUGGGGCUGGGGGCGCUCCUGCUGCUGGCUGUGGUCAUCCUGUGCGCCUGCCUGUGUCGGCUCCAUCGCAGAGUGAAGAGGCUGGAGAGGAGCUGGGCCCAGCUCUCUAAGCAGGAGCUCCACUACGCAUCUCUGCAGAGGCUGCCCAUGCCCAGCAGUGAGGGACCUGACCCCUGGGGCAGAGAAGAGGAAGGCACCAAGGCAGACCCCAGCGCCGAUUAUGCCUGCAUCGCCAAUAAAAAACCCACCUGAGCACCCCAGAUGCCUCCCUGGACCCAGGCAGGUGGUCAGGGUCAUCCUGUUGUU